AUGGUGGAAGAAGAAGAUGUUUCUGACAAAGAGAAUGGCGAAAAAGUAGAAGAGAAUAGUUUGGAAGCUUUGCAUUCAAAGAAUAAAGGGAAAGCCCCGAUAACUAUCAGUCUCAAGAAGACGUCGCAAGAAAGUGAUAUUGCUUUCACGUCUUCGUGGAGGUAUUUCUCGAUUGUCUUUUUCAGUUUUUUGUUAAUGUCAUUCGAUUUAAGAUGCAAAAAUCAAUAUAAUGAAGUUCAUAUCAUCAGUUUAUGUGGUGGAAUUGAUCAUCCUACUCAUUUACAAUGUUCACAUUCUACAAAAACAUGGUCAUAUAUCUUAGUGAUAACGGAGCGUGAAUGUGUUGGCUCUUACUUAGGGCAUCCAAUCUUUAAAGUUAAAUCCUUGAAGAUUUUGCCAUGUGAUGGUUCUCUACAUAGUUCCCCUACGGAACAGAAAAAGAUGGAAACCGAAUUUUCUGUUCUCCUAAAUGCUGCAGAGAGGAUGCAUGGUCUGUACUUCUCCUAUGACAUCAAUUUAACACUAAGUGCUCAGCGGUUGCAUAAUUUGGGUGAUGAAUCAAAUGCGCUUCCUCUUUGGAGACAGGUAGACCCUAGGUUUGUAUGGAAUAAUUAUAUGCUGGAAGUGCUCAUAGAUAACCAGCUUGACCCAUACUUGCUUCCUGUUGUCCAAGGGAGCUUUCAGAACUUUCAGGCAGCAAUUGGGAGAGACAUAAUUGAUGUUACUCUUAUUGCACGGCGAUGCACAAGGAGAAAUGGUACACGAAUGUGGAGAAGAGGGGCUGAUUCAGAUGGUUAUGUUGCAAAUUUUGUGGAAAGUGAGCAGAUUGUUAAUAUGAACGGGUUUACAGCAUCAUUUGUUCAGGUUCGAGGGUCUAUUCCAUUGCUAUGGGAGCAGAUUGUUGAUUUGACAUAUAAGCCUAAAUAUCAGAUUGUGAAACCUGAGGAGGCACCUCGAGUUGUUGAGCGACACUUUUUGGACCUAAGAAAAAGUUAUGGGUCUGUCAUAUCUGUUGACCUUGUCAAUGAGCGUGGAGGUGAAGGAUGGUUGAGUCAAAAGUAUUCCAAUGCAAUGCAGAAUGUUACAAAUGACGAUAUAAGAUAUCUCCACUUCGAUUUUCACCACAUUUGUGGUCAUAUUCAUUUUGAGCGUCUCUCUAUUCUUUAUGAACAAAUUGAAGAUUUCCUGAAGAAAAAUAGGUAUUUUUUGUUGAAUGAGAAAGGUGAAAAAGUUGAGGAGCAGCAUGGGAUUGUGAGAACCAAUUGCAUUGAUUGUUUAGACCGCACAAAUGUUACACAGAGCAUGAUUGGAAGAAAGAUGUUGGAAAGCCAACUUCAAAAAAUGGGAGUUUUCAGUGCUGGUGAAACUAUUAGUUCACAUCCAAAUUUUGAUGAAAGCUUUAAAGUUUUGUGGGCUAAUCAUGGGGAUGACAUAAGCAUUCAGUAUUCAGGAACUCCUGCUUUGAAAGGAGAUUUUGUUAGAUAUGGCAACAGGACAAUCCAAGGAAUCGUGCAGGAUUUGUGGAAUGCCGGUGCUCGAUAUUACUUUAAUAAUUUCAGUGAUGGCACAAAGCAGGAUGCUAUUGAUCUCCUUCAUGGACACUAUAUUAUUUCUGUCAGUCGAGAUAUGACUACUCCAUCCCAGAAAGGAAAUCUUGAGGCUAUAGCUUCCCCUUCAACAGCUUUGGCAUUAGCCUUGGUUGGAUUUUUCUUUGCUCUCAUGUCACUGAGACAAGUUGGUUUUGAUAUUGGUAGUCUAUUCUUCUCACUUGUCUGGGCGGGAUUGACUGUGUGUAUAUUAGCAUUUUUGCGAGCCAAUGGUCGGAUCUUUUGUAACCGCCCUCGUUUGCACAAGCCACGGUGUUAAUGAAUGAGAAUGACUAGUGAACCUUUUGGGCUUUCUUGUUUGUGAUAAAUCUUGCCUUAUUUAAAUUUUUUUGCAUUUUUAUUACAUUUAUUCUCUAAAUGGUAUUUGUAAUCCCAUUUAAUCGACAUGUUGGCUACUUGUAAGUUUGGGGAUAGCUCAUUCACGGUCACAUUGAUUUGGGAUUACCAAUUUUAAUUGUAUUGAAAUAAAGCAGCUUAUUGUGCCUUGGUUUUGGUUUUGCAUUGUA